AUGAAGUUUCGUCAACAACAAUUAUGGCAACUUGAGCGCUAUCUUAAACCACACUCGAAGCUUUCCUCCCCAAAGCUACAAUGCUCACGAUCCAUAUCAACAACAACAAUACCCUCUAUACCACGAUUCUCAAAAACGCCCCUCAGUUGUACAGCCUUAAGAUGUAGACUAAGAUCUGCGCGUACCUAUCACACAUCCGUCUCUGCCUCCGAGCUCCUCUUUGGCCAACCUGUCCACGAAACACACCCUCAUAUCCUCGCAGCUGGUGAACUCACGCCAGGUAUAACUGCACAAGAAUAUCAUGACCGCCGUGCCGCCCUUUGCCAUUCCUUACCCCCAAACUCCGCCGUCCUUCUCCCCGCCGAAUCCCUCAAAUACCGAUCCGGUGCCGUUUUCUUCGCCUUCCGCCAAGAGUCCAACUUCCUCUAUCUCACUGGAUUCUCUGAGCCUGAAUCCAUAGCCGUGUUGAAGAGGACUGGCGAUGAGCUAGGCGAUUACACAUUUCACUUAUACUGUAGGUCGAAAGAUCCAAAAGUAGAGCAAUGGAGCGGUCCCUGGAGUGGAGUUGAUGCCGCGAGAGACGUUUGGAACGCAGAUGAGGCAGAGGAUAUUAAGCUGGUAGACAGGACACUGGCUUCGGUGCUGGAUGGUGCUAAAAUAAUAUUCACGGAUGUUGAACUGACGCAAAAUGGGACGUCUACAAAACUAGCCAACCUCUUGCGUUCAGCAGCUCCUAAUGCGAGUAUAUCACCUUUAAGGCCACAUAUCAAUGUUCUCCGUGCCAUCAAGUCGCCAGCCGAAAUAGCCAAUAUGCGGCACGCAGGGCAAACGUCUGGCCGAGUGUUGACAGAAGCUAUGCGGCGGUCGUGGAAGUAUGAAAAGGAGCUGGCUUCAUUCCUGGAGUACCAGUAUCAAAUGUCUGGUCUGGACGGACAUGCUUACAUCCCCGUGGUGGCCGGAGGGCCAAAGGCGACACUCAUCCACUACGUCCUAAAUAAUGGUAUACUAAACGAUUCGGAGUUCGUCCUCGUAGACUCCGGUGGUGAAUACGGAACAUACAUUACUGACAUAACACGGACAUGGCCCGUCUCAGGGAAAUUUAGCGAACCACAGAAGGACCUAUAUAACGCUAUUCUUCGCGCCCAGCGAUCAUCUAUCUCGCUCUGCCGCGCUAGUGCCAAUGUUACUCUCGACAAAUUGCACCUGAUCACGGAGAAUGCCCUCCGUGACCAACUACAACAGCUUGGCUUCGACCUAAGUGGAGAUGCCAUGGGAACUCUAUUCCCGCACCACGUUGGGCACUAUAUCGGCCUUGAUGUCCACGAUGUUCCCGGAUACGCACGGAAUGUGAUCCUGAAAGAAGGUCACUGCGUCACGAUCGAACCCGGCAUCUACGUGCCCGAUGAUGAGAGGUGGCCCACAGCCUUCCGGGGUAUGGGCAUUCGAAUCGAGGACAGCAUAUGUGUGGGCGAUGAUAGCCCCCUUAACCUAACUACAGAGGCGGUUAAGGAGGUUGACGACAUCGAGGCAUUAAGAGACUAG